AUGACACAGAAGAAUAGUAUGAUUAUUCAUUAAGUUUUCUCAGGAAAGGCUUGUUGACCUGCAGAAAGACAAACAUUGGGCAUACCAGACACUAGGCUAAUAUCAUAGUAGUCUGUUAUGAUGAUGUAAUGUCCUCUCAGUUGAAGUAUUAAAGCACAGUUCAAAUCAAAUUUUAUUUGCCACAUGCGGCGAAUACACCAGGUGUAGACAUUACAUUGAAAUGCUUACUUGCAAGCCCUUAACCAACAAUGCAGUUUAAGAAAAAAUAAAAAGAGCAAAUAAUUAAAGAGCAGCAGUAUAAUAAAAUAACAGUAGCGAGGCUAUAUACAGGGGGUCCAGGUACAGAGUCAAUGUGCGGGGGCACCGGUUAGUCGAGGUAAUAUGUACAGUGAGGGAAAAAAGUAUUUGAUCCCCUGCUGAUUUUGUACGUUUGCCCACUGACAAAGACAUGAUCAGUCUAUAAUUUUAAUGGUAGGUUUAUUUGAACAGUGAGAGACAGAAUAACAACAAAAAUAUCCAGAAAAACGCAUAUCAAAAAUGUUAUAAAUUGAUUUGCAUUUUAAUGAGGGAAAUAAGUAUUUGACCCCUCUGCAAAACAUGACUUAGUACUUGGUGGCAAAACCCUUGUUGGCAAUCACAGAGGUCAGACGUUUCUUGUAGUUGGCCACCAGGUUUACACACAUCUCAGGAGGGAUUUUGUUCCACUCCUCUUUGCAGAUCUUCUCCAAGUCAUUAAGGUUUCGAGGCUGACGUUUGGCAACUCGAACCUUCAGUUCCCUCCACAAAUGUUCUAUGGGAUUAAGGUCUGGAGACUGGCUAGGCCACUCCAGGACCUUAAUGUGUUUCUUCUUGAGCCACUCCUUGCCUUGGCCGUGUGUUUUGGGUCAUUGUCAUGCUAGAAUACCCAUCCACGACCCAUUUUCAAUGCCCUGGCUGAGGGAAGGAGGUUCUCACCCAAGAUUUGACGGUACAUGGCCCCGUCCAUCGUCCCUUUGAUGCGGUGAAGUUGUCCUGUCCCCUUAGCAGAAAAACACCCCCAAAGCAUAAUGUUUCCACCUCCAUGUUUGACGGUGGGGAUGGUGUUCUUGGGGUCAUAGGCAGCAUUCCUCCUCCUCCAAACACGGCGAGUUGAGUUGAUGCUAAAGAGCUCCAUUUUGUUCUCAUCUGACCACAACACUUUCACCCAGUUCUCCUCUGAAUCAUUCAGAUGUUCAUUGGCAAACUUCAGUAUAUGUGCUUUCUUGAGCAGGGGGACCUUGCGGGCUCUGCAGGAUUUCAGUCCUUCACGGUGUAGUGUGUUACCAAUUGUUUUCUUGGUGACUAUGGUCCCAGCUGCCUUGAGAUCAUUGACAAGAUCCUCCUGUGUAGUUCUGGGCUGAUUCCUCACCGUUCUCAUGAUCAUUGCAACUCCACGAGGUGAGAUCUUGCAUGGAGCCCCAGGCCGAGGGAGAUUGACAGUUAUUUUGUGUUUCUUCCAUUUGCGAAUAAUCGCACCAACUGUUGUCACCUUCUCACCAAGCUGCUUGGCGACGGUCUUGUAGCCCAUUCCAGCCUUGUGUAGGUCUACAAUCUUGUCCCUGACAUCCUUGUAGAGCUCUUUGGUCUUGGCCAUGGUGGAGAGUUUGGAAUCUGAUUGAUUGAUUGCUUCUGUGGACAGGGGUCUUUUAUACAGGUAACAAGCUGAGAUUAGGAGCACUCCCUUUAAGAGUGUGCUCCUAAUCUCAGCUCGUUACCUGUAUAAAAGACACCUGGGAGACAGAAAUCUUUCUGAUUGAGAGGGGGGUCAAAUACUUAUUUCCCUCAUUAAAAUGCAAAUCAAUUUAUAACAUUUUUGACAUGCGUUUUUCUGGAUUUUGUUGUUGUUAUUCUGUCUCUCACUGUUCAAAUAAACCUACCAUUAAAAUUAUAUACUGAUCAUGUCUUUGUCAGUGGGCAAACGUACAAAAUCAGCAGGGGAUCAAAUACUUUUUUCCCUCACUGUACAUGUGGGUAGAUUUAAAGUGACUAUGCAAAUAGUUAAACGUUUUCUCUUGAGAAAUCUAGUGUGUGUGAUUUCUAUAGGUGGACAUGUUCUUCCCCUUAAUUUCCUCCCUCUACUAAGAGUAGAGGGAGGAAAUGUGGGAUUGAUAUUGAGCCAAUAUUAACAAAAAUAUCCUCUUGUUUUACAUGCCCAGCCAAACACUAUGCCUUGAAGCUUCAACAUUUAAAGGGAUACUUCGGGAUUUUGGCAAUGAGGAUAACAUUUUUAUGUCUCUGUUUCCAGUAUGAAGGAAGUUAGAGGUAGUUUUGUGAGCCAAUGCUAACUAGCAUUAGCACAAUGACUGGAAGUCUAUGGGCAUGUACUAGCAAGUUUCUGAGUUUCGAUUCUGCAGUCUCUUGUGCACUCUAGUGGCCAUUUACAUGUAGAUGCAACUUUUGUUUGCGCUCACGAGGGCUCGGAAUGGAACAUUUAGCCUAUUUUGUUCCCUGGGUCAUAUUCAUUAGUACACACUGUAGCAAAACGUUCUGCAAUGCAAAAAGAGCAUUUCUUUAUUGGACAAGUUCAUGUAGUCUGUCCCUCACUGUUUCAGUUCUUUUUUCUUCUGUUUGGUGGCCAGUCAAUAUGACCUGGACUAACAAAUCUGUGAUGUGUGAUUUUGUAAUGUUGCUUCUCUCCAUGUCUCUCUCAAGAAUCCACUUUAGAUGAGUGUAUGACUUAGUGCUGUCUGUCUGUCUCUCCUCCCCAGCCCCUGCUCUGUCCAGCUGACUUAGUGCUGUCUGUCUCUCCUCCCCAGCCCCUGCUCUGUCCAGCUGACUUAGUGCUGUCUGUCUCUCCUCCCAGCCCCUGCUCUGUCCAGCUGACUUAGUGCUGUCUGUCUCUCCUCCCAGCCCCUGCUCUGUCCAGCUGACUUAGUGCUGUCUGUCUGUCUCUCCUCCCCAGCCCCUGCUCUGUCCAGCUGACUUAGUGCUGUCUGUCUCUCCUCCCCAGCCCCUGCUCUGUCCAGCUGACUUAGUGCUGUCUGUCUCUCCUCCCCAGCCCCUGCUCUGUCCAGCUGACUUAGUGCUGUCUGUCUCUCCUCCCCAGCCCCUGCUCUGUCCAGCUGACUUAGUGCUGUCUGUCUCUCCUCCCCAGCCCCUGCUCUGUCCAGCUGACUUAGUGCUGUCUGUCUCUCCUCCCCAGCCCCUGCUCUGUCCAGCUGACUUAGUGCUGUCUGUCUCUCCUCCCCAGCCCCUGCUCUGUCCAGCUGACUUAGUGCUGUCUGUUUCUCCUCCCCAGCCCCUGCUCUGUCCAGCUGACUUAGUGCUGUCUGUCUCUCCUCCCCAGCCCCUGCUCUGUCCAGCUGACUUAGUGCUGUCUGUCUCUCCUCCCAGCCCCUGCUCUGUCCAGCUGACUUAGUGCUGUCUGUCUCUCCUCCCAAGCCCCUGCCCUGCUCUGACCAGCUGCACCAUGGGAAAGAAGAGUCGAGUGAAGACUCAGAAGUCGGGGACAGGCGCCACAGCCGUGGUCUCCCCCAAAGAGAUGAUGAACCUAAUCUCAGACCUCCUACAGAGUAUGUACCAAGGCAGAGUCCCAAAUGGCAACCCAUUUCCGCUAUAUAGUGUACUACUUUUGACCAGGGCCCAUAAGACUAAAAAGCAUGUUCCAUGGAGAGUUCUUAGGCUUGAUCUGUGUCUGGGAAACGGGCUUUAUGUGAUUCUUGUAGCUAUGUAACUUAUCGUGUGAUAUGUAUGUCUGUCCCAUUAGAAUGCAGCAGUGCUGCGCCUUCUCCAGGGAAAGAGUGGGAGGAGUAUGUCCAGAUACGAGGACUGGUGGAGAAGAUCAGGAAGAAACAGAAAGGUAGGCUGGAUCACACACGCGCACAUAAACCCUAACCCUAACCCCUAAGCCUAAAAUAGCCUUUUCUUAUAAGUGAGGACUGGCUAAAUGUCCUCACUUCUCUGAAUUUUAGUUGGUUUACUAUACUUGUGAGGACUUCUGUUACUCACAAGCAAUGUUCCCUCUAAGUUUCGCGCUGGUGCGCACCUCCCCCAGGACUGCAGCGCAGAAGAAAUAUCAGCCCGCACAGAGAAGCACGAGAUUGAACUUCAUUCAACUUUCUAGAGUUUUCCCCGUUAGUUAACACAUCAACGUUUCCCUUUACUGUGGGAAUUGUGAUCGAAUCAACGCAAUAUUAGCUACUUUCAAUACAACAUACCGAAACAAAACGAACUAUGCAAGAUAUUUUGUUGUAGGCAGAAUGCAUUGGAGUAGGAUUCUAUUGCAUUAACAUGCAUGACUCAGGCCCUUAGUCUACACAGACCGGUGCGCCGUAACCAAUCAGCGCUGCAGUAAGCCUAUAUGCAAAUCGACCAUUGCCAUAUAUGGAUCUAUGCCAUUCCCUUUGAACUGGACUGUGUUUACAGAAUGAGAGUCGACACGCUUGUUUUAAGAUGAAAGCCAGAGCUGCAUGUAGCCACGUGGGCACAUUUGUUAAUAUCCUAGUUAGUGAGUUAUUAGCCCAGUUAUAGAUCAUAUGUAGUCAGCAAUGGGGGAGUGACUGCUUCCUGCAAGAGCACAAAACCUGUGCAUUUCUAGCCAUCUUUGAAAAGCGAGUCAGGUAAAGAGCUUUUUUUUGUCUAGAAGGGGCAGUGUUGUAUUUUGAGACAGGCUUGAAUUAGCUAAGUAGCCAAUAGGCAGAGGGUAGUAUAAUUUGUCUGAUUCUCUGUAAUAAUGGUAUGGGAAUAAUGAUGAAUUUUAUUUUGUAAAGUGGUUUCUUGCAUCAAACAACACAACAACAUUUUCAGUCACCUUGUCUGAAGGACAAGUGGAUGAACAGGUUAAUGUCAAUCCCUGCAUGUUUUUUCCAAAAGUCUCAUGGAAUGUAGGCCUACGUUGAACACCACACAUUGGCUGCUACUGUAGGCUGAAUGAUAGAACAACUAUUUCCAAUGUAGGCUGAAUGAUAGAACAUUUUCUCCGUUGUUUUUGAUGGUAGGCCACUCUAAUAGGCCUACAUUAUGAUCAAAUAGCCACAGUAGCCUACUUGACCACUGUUAAAACUGUAACUUAAAGCGGGUACAGCCUCAGUGUUCACAGUAAACGCGCACCGGAAGUUGCACAAAAUGUUCACCACAUUCAAGUUUGCCCUCAGCAGACCUGAUAUUUGCUCUGUGCCGAAAAUGUUUUGAGAGAACAUUGCUCACAAGUAUAGUAAAAUGUGUACACACACAGACAGAGAGACACACACAGCUUGAUUUGAGCCAUGGCCUAUAUAGUUUACAGUGCAUUCGGAAAGUAUUCAGACCCCUUGACUUUUUCCAAAUGUUGUUACCUUACAGCCUUAUUCUAAAAUUGAUUGAAAUUGUUUUUUCCCCCUCAUCAAUCUAUACACAAUACCCCAUAAUGACAGAGAAAAAACUGUUUUUUAGAAAGUUUUGUAUAUAACAAAACCCCGGAAAUAUCACAUUUACAUAAGUAUUCAGACCCUUUACUCAGUACUUUGUUGAAGCACCUUUGGCAGCGAUUACAACCUCGAGUCUUCUUGGGUAUGAUGCUACAAGCUUGGCACACCUGUAUUUGGGGAGUUUCUCCCAUUCUUCUCUGCAGAUCCUCUCAAGCUCUGUCAGGUUGGUUGGGGAGCGUCGCUGCACAACUAUUUUCAGGUCUCUCCAGAGAUGUUAGAUUGGGUUCAAGUUCGGGCUCUGGCUGGGCCACUCAAGGACAUUCAGACACUUGUCCCGAAGGCACUCCUGCAUUGUCUUGGCUGUGUGCUUAGGGUCGUUGUGCUGUUAGAAGGUGAACCUUCACUCCAGUCUGAGGUCCUGAGCGCUCUGGAGCAGGUUUUCAUCAAGGAUCUCUCUGUACUUUGAUCUGUUCAUCUUUCCUUCGACCCUGACUAGUCUCCCAGUCCCUGCCGCUGAAAAACAUCCCCACAGCAUGAUGCUGCCACCACCAUGCUUCACCGUAGGGAUGGUGCCAGGUUUCCUCCAGACGUGAUGCUUGGCAUUCAGGCCAAAGAGUUUAAUCUUGGUUUCAUCAGACCAGAGAAUCUUGUUUCUCAUUGUCUGAGAGGCCUUUAGGUGCCAUUUGGUAAAUUCCAAGCGGGCUGUCAUGUGCCUUUUACUGAGGAGUGGCUUCCGUUUGGCCACUCUACCGUAAAGGCCUGAUUGGUGGAGUGCUGCAGAGAUGAUUGUCUUUCUGGAAGGUUCUCCCAUCUCCACAGAGGAACUCUGGAGCUCUGUCAGAGUGACCAUCGGGUUCUUGGUCACCUCCCUGAGCAAGGCCCUUCUCCCACGAUUGCUCAGUUUGGCCGGGCGGCCAGCUCUAGGAAGAGUCUUGGUGGUUCCAAACUUCUUCCAUUUUAAGAAUGUUGGAGGCCACUGUGUUCUUGGGGACCUUCAAUGCUGCAGACAUUUUUUGGUGUCCUUCCCCAGAUCUGUUCCUCGACAAAAUUUGUCUUGGAGCUCUACGGACAAUUCCUUUGACCUCAUGGCUUGGUUUUUGCGCUGACAUGCACUGUCAACUGUGGGACCUUAUUUUACAUUUUACAUUUUAGUCAUUUCGCAGACGUUCUUAUCCAGAGCGACUUACAGUUUUUUAGUGAGUGCAUACAUUUUUCAUACUUAUAUAGACAGGUGUGUGUGCCUUUCCAAAUCAUGUCCAAUCAAUUGAAUUUCCCACCGGUGGACUCAAUCAAGUUGUAGAAACAUCUCGAGGAUGAUCAAUGGAAACAGGAUGCACCUGAGCUCAAUUUAAAGUAUCAUAGCAAAGGGUCUGAAUACUUAUUUAAAUACUGUAUUUCAGUUUUUUAUUUUUAAUAAAUUUGCCAAAAAAUCUAAACCUGUUUUUUUUAAUACAUUUUAGAAUAAGGCGGUAAUGUAACAAAAUUUGGAAAAGUCAAGGGGUCUGAAUACUUUCCGAAUGCACUGUAAAUAUAAAUAGUUUAAUCAUAAGUGUGUGUGUGUGUGUCUCUCUCUCUCUCAGGUAUCUCCGUGAUAUUUGAGGGCAGCAGAGAGGAGUUCUUCCCAGAGCUGAUGGCAUGGGCUCAGGAGAGUGGAGCAUCCUGCGAGGGGUUUGAGAUCGCGGACUUCGCUGGCGAGGGCUUCGGCCUCAGGGCCACCAAGGACAUCAAGGUGGGUCCAUACAACUGGACGGACUCUGUGUUUAUGGCAAUAGCUGUCAGGGUGAAACGUAACCUGGAUCAUAUUCAUUAAAGGGAAAUUUGACCCUGGCUGGGCCACUGGCAUAUAGUCAUUACUAUAUUAACAACAUUACGUUUUUGUCAUAAACAUCAGAAUUAUCCACAACAGCGCAUUUUCAUUUCACUGGUAGAAUCAGGAAGUUUAGACUUUCUGUGUAUUCGUCUGCUCAUAGUAAACCCUGGGGUGAAAUUCCCCUUUUAAUGCACACUGUAGCGAAACGUUUUAGCAAACUGAAACGAGAGUUUCUUAUUGGACAAGUUCAGGUAGUGCCUCCCUGUUUCGAUUCGUUUUCUUCCCUAUGGUGUCUAGUAAGUAUGACACUGAUUCCACUGUGGAUAGAAGGAAAUGACAGUUCCAGUUGGUCGUCUUCUUAUUAUUGACAUUCUAAAAUGGCUGCCAUUUAGAGCUGAUCGAGCAAGCAGAGCUGUUCUAACAAAGCCCAGCCACUCUCUCUCUCUCUGUGACUUGGUGGGAGUUUAAUCAAUGACAUAACACUCUUGGAAGGGUUUAAUAGCAUAAUAAACGGUUACAUUCAAUUAAGGCUGAGGUAGACUAAAAUCACGGUGCCAAACUUUUCUUCCAUAUGAUGUCGGUGUCCAUUGUGACGUAACAUUUGUGUCCUCAGGCAGAGGAGCUGUUUCUGUGGAUCCCCAGGACGAUGCUGAUGACUGUGGAAUCAGCCAAGAACUCUGUCCUGGGUAAGUGGCAACGUUAG